AUGUGUCUUGUUUCUACCCAAACCCCAAAGGAACUAUCAACAGAGGUGGCGGUCUGGUUGUUUGGAGUUUGCGUGAGGCCAAGAGAGGGAAGUGUGGGGUGGCUGACUGGCUGUGACGCUACGCUCUUCAUGCCUGUGUCUGGUGUUUUGACUUUGGAGAUUGAAAAGCCUGAGGACUGGGGAGUAAGGGCUGAGAAUCUGAGAUUGAGAUUGCCAGAUUGGGGAAUGGGGAACAGGGGAAGCCAAAGUUUGAGAAACUAG